AUGUACGCUUCUGAAUUUGAUUGCUGUGAGGACUCAUGCAACGAUUAUGGAAGAUCUGUACUGUCUGAACCAUGUGGGGGCUAUUCUGGAGGGCGGUCGGUCUGCUUUGAACCAUCGUGUGGUGCAUCCGGGUCCUCCUGCCACUCCGUGAGGCCAACAGCAGGAGUCGGAUGCUGUGGCACACCUCCUCAGCAGUACUGUCCACCGAGGCAAAAAUACUGCUCUCCAGUCCAACAGUAUUGUCCUCCAGUGCAGAAGUGCUGCGCACCCCAGCAGAAGUAUUGUCCUCCAGUGCAGAAGUGCUGUGCACCCCAGCAGAAGUAUUGUCCCCCGGUGCAGAAGUGCUGCGCACCUCAGCAGAAGUAUUGUCCUCCGGUGCAGAAGUGCUGCGCACCUCAGCAGAAGUAUUGUCCUCCGGUGCAGAAGUGCUGCGCACCUCAGCAGAAGUAUUGUCCUCCGGUGCAGAAGUGCUGCGCACCCCAGCAGAAGUAUUGUCCUCCGGUGCAGAAGUGCUGCGCACCUCAGCAGAAGUAUUGUCCUCCAGUACAGAAAUACUGCGCACCCCAGCAAAACUACUGUCCCCCAGUGCAGAAAUGCUGCACGCCCCAGCAGAAGUAUUGCGGUGCGCCUCUUCAGCGGUGUUGCUCACCAACCCAACAAGGCGGCCUGCAAGGCCAUCAAGGCUACGCAGCCAUCGGAGGAGCUGGGAUCUGCCAGAAGACACAAGUGUGCAGCGUGCCGGGAUUUCUGAAGAAGUAG